CUCUCUCUCUCUCUCUCACCUCUAUCAGCCUCACCCCCCUCUCUAUGUAGCUCGUCCCAGUUCCCACACACAGAGACACACAUUACACCGGUUCAGUGUAAGUGUCAUGUAAACGCUCUCCCCCCGGACCCGGACUUUCGCCUCGCUGGAUCAGAAACCGCGGUGUGUGCAUCCGUUUUGCCUAGCGGCUCCGCCCGGUGUGCGGUGCGGACUGACUGCACACAUCUGAGAGUUUUAUUGGAUUGCCCGACAGCGGCGGGAGAGGACUGGUCUUACCCCCAACGCGGGACAAAGAAAGCGGGGGGAAAUUAAGGAAAAAAGGAUAAGAGUGGAAUAAGAGAGGAGGGAACAUGGAUAAGUGUCUUUUCGCAUUCGCUUUCGGGCUUUUGAUGCUCGGUGGAUGCUCAGCCCGUGUGGUGACGGUGCCUCCUGGUCCAUUAAUCCGGGUGGAGGGCCAGCCAGUCUCCAUCAGAUGUGAUGUUAAAGAAUACACAGGACCUAGCGAGCAGGAUUUUGAAUGGAAUAUGUUAAAGGACGCGAAAGGGCCGAAGACAAAGAUAAUCUCCUCUUUCGACUCUCGCUACUCCGACCAGUCUUACAGCAAGCGCGUGGCGUCUGGCGACAUUUCAGUGGUGCGUCUCCAAGACAACGAGGUGGAGCUGAAGAUUGCUGAGGUGAAGUUGACGGAUGCUGGCUUCUACGAGUGUCAAACACCGAGCACCGACUACGUCAUCAGUGGAAAUUAUAUGGCUCAGGUCCAACUCACUGUCAUUCCUAACACCCUCAAGGUCUCCCCCAAGACCCCGCCCCCAGUCAUCUCAGAGGGAGGUGACCUAACUCUUUCCUGCAACGUCACCCGGGAGCUCAUCCACCCCACCUACCUGUCUGUCACCUGGUCGGUGAAGAAGGGGACGACGUCAGAGGAGAUUUUGACGUUUGGUCCUGAUGGAGAUGUGGUCACGGGGUCCAAGUUUGCCCGGCGUUAUGCGGACGGAGGCAUCCGGUUGGUCCCUGGCAGGAAUGGAGUGUUUGAACUGGUGAUUUCCAGAAUGACGACGUCCGAUGAAGGGAAUUAUGAAUGCAACGGGACGGAGUGGACGCACGAAAGUGGAGGAAAUUGGAUAAAAAUCGUGGAGAGUACCAAAGAGAUGGGAACCGUGGCAGUUACUCCUACAGGUCGUUCCCUCAACGUGAAGGCCUCACCCUUCUCCUCUCCCUCCUCCACCUCUCUCGUCCUCUCUCCUGGCAACUCGCUGACCCUGAUGUGCGGCGUCACCGCCGACAACCUGCCCGCCCUCUCCCUGGAAGUGUCCUGGCUGGCCGACGGCCGUGAAAUCAUCACCAUGGAUCGCAGUGGGGUGGUGAUCUCAAACACAUCCUCCAGCGGAGCGCAAGGAAAAAAGGGGGAGGCGAGCCUGGAGCGAACAGAAGCCGGCGACUACAGGUUGGCGGUGAGGGGGGUGAGCAAUGAAAACGGAGGGAACUACACCUGCCGCAUCCGAACGUUCAUCAAUCAAGAAGGACGGAGGUGGUACAUGACAGCAGAGAAGACAUCCAACCCUGUGACUGUGAAGGUCUCUGAGAUCAAGCCAAACUUCACGCUGACCCUCGUAGCUGAAGUCAACCCCCAGAAGACAGCUGAGCCAACAGAACUCGCCUGUCGCGUCACCAACAUUGCCAACUUACCUCUCGGAGGCCGACUGGGCGUCAGCUGGGAGUACACAUCGCUUCCUGGGUUAGGGGACGAUCCUCAGACCUCACAUCCCAUUGGCUCCGUGGAUGCUAAUGGCAACCUGCUGCCAGGGUCGAUUUAUAUGGAAAGGAUGAAGAGCGGUGCGUUAACGCUGAGCAGAGUCCAGCCCAACACGUUCAAGCUGCGAAUCCUCCGCACACAGGAGAUCGACAUGGGCCAGUAUGUUUGCAGUGUGUCUGCUUGGAGCGUCAACAGCCAGGGAGACCUGGUGAAGACCUCUGAGAACAGAAGCUCACCGCUGACUGUGCGAUGGGACGCCAAGCGUCCGAUUGUGAAUGUGGUGGCUAAACGCAUCCGUGAGGCAUCAGUAGGAGGCUCGACCUUUGAAAUGGGCUGCAGCGUCACCACUCAGAACAUUGGUGAUGCAGGGUACUCUGUGCUCAUCCAAUCUCAGGACAGCAUGGAUAGCACCGUGAGGACCAUCAUGACUCUCAGCCCGGACAAUGUCGUACAGCACGGAGGAGCCACAGACCCAAACAGGAGAGACAAUCUGGUUCUGACCAAGUCGGGUGCGGCAGAGUUUCGGUUUCGCCUGGCAGGCGUCCAGCUGUCUGACAGAGGUUACUACUGGUGUGACGUCACUGCAUGGACAAAACAGCAGCCGGGACAGGCUUGGACUAAAGCCAGCAGCUCAGAGUCAAAUAAAAUCAGGAUAAACUUCCUGGAAAAUGGCCCAUCCUUCUCCAUCGCCAUCAAGUCAGACGAUAGCAGCGUUUAUCCAUGGGAAACUGCAAAGAUGGAGUGCUCGCUCAGCGUCUCCGGAUCCUCGCCAAAGACUGAUGACCUGGCGUACGAGGUGAAAUGGUUUUUCACCCGGCUGCGCGGUGGACCCGCGCCGAUCCAGGUGGCCAGCGUCGACCGCUUUGGCGUUGUGAGAAAAAUCAACCGUAACUCAUCCAGCGACGUUACAAUAGAGCGCAAAGACACACACAUCUACCUGCUCAACAUAUUUGGCACUCAGGACAGUGACAGUGGGGAGUAUUUCUGCUCCGUCACUCCCUGGUACCUGUCGGCCUCAACGGGAGCCUGGACAGAAGCUCAAGAGCUGACAUCAUCCAAAGUCUUCCUCGCUGUCAAAUUUGCAGUUUGGGACUCCCUAAAGUUACCUCUCUUAUAUGGUGCAUCGGCCUCACUGGGUGUCGGCCUCUUCUCUCUGGUCCUGGGUCUGGUUUGCGCCCAGUGCUGCUGCCGUAACACUGCACACCUUCCACGCUCACGCAACAAACUCAUGGACCUGGAGAUGGACUGACAAACACUUUCCCCCGCGCCCUCACACUGCAGCGCUCACAGGAAGCACCACACGCAUAACAGACACACGCCCAUAGACGAUUUCUGGGACACCCAGUUGUGCCCGGGCGACGGGCGUUGGGAUUAAAACGCAUUUUCGCAGUGCUUUAAAAGGUGCUCAGGACUGUUGUUUUUUUCAACUCUGCAGUGUAGGAGCAGGGGACUUUCACGCUCACCAAUGGGGAAAAAAUAGCCUUUCAGACUUCUGUUUCUAUGAAGAAAUCUUGUGGCACUUCUAGAGAAUUUUAUGCAGAUAAAUUUGUGCCCCGCCGGCACCACCGCCGUACAAGAAGCUCUGAGGGAUCCAGAGUUUAAUAUCCGAGGAACAGGAGACUUCUGAGACAUCACUGCCACUUGGGAAUAACGGAUCAGUAAACAGAUCUGCUGCCUCUAUAACCACUAGGGAUAACAAAUGAAGUGCUCAGGCCUGACUAAAUGCUUUUUUAGGUUUUUUUUUUUUUUCUUAUCCUGAUGCCAAGGCAACCAGUAAGCGACGUACCAGUGAAUCCCACUAUAAUCUCUUUUUGGGGAAGCACGUAAAAUUCAUGGGUUCUUUGGGGUUGGCGAGACUGGAGUGCCAUUACUUAAUAUGAAUCUGCACAGGGUUAAAAGACAUAAUAUAUCCCUACUUAAGUCACAUGGGAAACAUCUGCUGAAGGUGUUCUGGCAUUGCACUACCACCCCAAAGUAUUCCCACCUUAACACCUGGAUUAUAUUUACCUUUAUUCUCAACUCUAGUUUUUUGAAAAUUCAGAGAUUUUAAAAAAAUGAGACAUUUUUAAGCUUUACACAGAGAUAUGCAGUGUGUUUGUGUGUGAGAUAUACUGUACAUGGUGCCAAUAUUUUGAACUAAUGGAGGCGUGCUUGGUUCGUAUUGCCACAUCAACACUUGAACUGCUGCUCAAAGCGCCAACAGCAAGCACUCUUCUUUUAUAAAUAUUCAAAAAUGUAUCCAGCUGUUAUUUUUGCCCGGGUCUCGUGUGUGUUUCGUACACUGUGUGAGUGCUGUGCUACAGUGUGUGAGACAAAGAGUUGCAUGUACUGUUUUGUAAUAACAGUAUGAUGUCAUUCAUGAGCAACACAAGGCGUCCCCCCCCCCCCGUUACAUUUUGAUCACAUCAAAGCUUCCUACAUCUAGAUUUGAAAAGCUAGCUGUCACCUCGCUAUGGCAGACUCAAGUUUGUUCGUACUGUGAACAAAAUGACAAAAAUAGUUUGGGUGAUGUAAGGAACUUGGUUUCUUCCAUGGUUUGACGUUUUGAAUAAAGUGAUGCAUGUUUCUUGCUUUGGGUAUAAAAGGAAUAGUUGAAUAACUUGGGAAAUGUGCUUAGCUUGGUUAGCUUAGCGUAAAGGCUAGGAGGAGGGGAAAUGCUAGCCUACCUUGUUCAGAAGUGAUGCAGUUUGCUCUGAAAGAACUUAUUCUUCCCUCUAUAUUUAACAUUUCCAACCAUUUUGCAUAACCAACAUAAAUGAGACUCUCUGACAUUGUUGCUAAGUAUUUUGUGUCACUUUUGGUUAAGCUAGGUUAGCAGUUCUCCUCACAAACAAUAUAAAAGAUGGACGUAGCUACUAUGUCAUCCACUGGUUUCUGAAAUCCCAUUUUGAAGCCUUGAGAUGAGGAUUUCCACUGUUGCUGUGUUCGUUGCAAAAAAAAGAAACGGCAAAAAAAUAGUUGAGACAAACAAGGGUGGGGCCAACUGUAAACCUGUACCCUUAUUGGCUAACAGCUUGGGAGUGGCAUCUUAUUAGCUAAGAGACGUGUGGUUCAUUCCACAGAUAAUGCUCCAUAAAACAUAGCAUGACCAGAAGUUACAAAAUAUAAUUUUUAAAUUUUAAUUAAUCAUUUUUGCAGCUACAUCUAUCGCCAUCUGGUGGCCUUCAGAUAGAAUGCAGGUUUAAGGCACUUUUUCCAAACGGACAGCUAACAGCUACAUCCAUGUUUUACGCUGUUUGUUGUUCCUUUAUUUACGCAGCAUGAACGAGCUACAGUGUAGCUAAAAAACUGACCAGUAAACUUCCAGUUGUUCAAAACGUGUCAACAACCAACGUGUGCAUUAUUUUUCCUUUGAUAUGUUUAGGUUCUGCUUUUUCAACAGUCCUGCUGUUUUCCUUGCACCUGCUAGAUAAAACUCUAAAAUGUAUUUCUAUAAAACAACAACAAAAAGAAACCUGCAAUAAUCUGCAAUAAUCGGCCAACUGGCAAAGUUAGCUGUGUCCAACUUGCAUCAGCUGACAUCUGUUUAGUCUCUGUGGAGUUUUUAUCGCAAGUGAAUGAACUUGCAAUGAGGGGUGUGUCGUGUCGACUGCUGUGCGAACACACACAUACUUGAAGCAACCACACACACAGAAAAUGAGGAAGUUUGUGUCCAAACCCAGCAGGAUCCAAGUGGGCCUGUUGGGUUUUUUAGCAUGAUGUGCCAGACGGUUUUCUCCUGAACUGGCUGGGGUUGAAUCAGGCUUUGUUUGAUGUGUUUUAAAGAGAGUUUUAAGCAACUUUACAAGCAAUAUGAGGCUGUAGUCGGGUCACAGCUCCCAGAAAGUUAAACUUCUAUUAUUCACUCUUAAUCAGAACUAAAACACUCAGUUAACUCAGGCAGCCAGUGCGGAGCCAUUAUCCAGUCACAAUAAACACGUAAAAGAUCCCCAUCACCGUGUUUCUGAGUUAAUGUUGUCAUAUCCACAUUUUUUCUUUUAACUGAAACCGAAACCAGUGGUCUGCAUCAUUUCCACAUACAUCCUCCCUGAAUUAGAAGAACACUGGUGAGUGUUUUGGCUUGGCUUAAGGGAGGCUGGUUAUUUCAGAAACUUCCAGUGUGGUUCCUUAAAUCCUCUCCGUGAUUAUACUGGUGCAGUAUUCGGAACAGGUUCUUCCACUAUCAUUAUCAUACACACACCUACACAUUCACAGGUAAAUAAUAUCGCUCUGUGCCAGUAAACAAGACCUGAAAAGUAGCAUCAGUACACAUCCCUGAUCAUGUGAUAACGUCACUGCAAGACCUCCCCAGUGUCUUUUUAUUUUGUCAUUUUAUUGCAAUUAGUAUGAUGACUCAUGAUGAUGUUUUUUAAUAAACAGAUUUGUAAGAUGUA